AUGUUGGCAACAAAUAGCGCACAUCGUGGAACAAUCAGCGCCAAAUUUCCAUUUUAUGAUGAUGAAGCGGCAGAUUUGUUGGCAAAAUUAUUAACAUCAAAAACGGAUGCCAGUAAAACUCAAAUAUUUCAUAUACUUACACAAAUUAACAACACACAGCGGCAAAUGAUUAAAACACCGUAUAAGAUAAAAUAUAAGAAGGAUUUGAUGAUAGAUUUAAUGAAUGGAUUAUCUGAUGAUUAUAGAGAUAUCAUUUUGGCACUUAUGGAAACGCCAACCAAAUAUGAUACUUUACAACUUGUUAAAGCAAUUAAUGAAACAAGUAUCAAUGAAUCUGUACUAAUCGAAAUUCUUUGCUUGCGAACUAGCAUGGAAUUAUCUGCGAUCAAAAAUGAAUAUCAGAUUAUACUAGGUAAUAAACUGGAAGAUGAUAUAGCUACACGUGUAAGUGGUGACCUCAAAGACAUUUUGUUGAUUGUCAUACAGAAGCCAAUCAUUGCAACAAAUGAUAAUAGCAGCAGCACUGAUAUGGGGAAAAUUAAGCAAGAAGUGAAAAAAAUAUUAGGUGAGAAGAAAAAAAUUGAUAAAACAGCUAUGAAAAUUAUCGUCGGAUCACUUCCAACUUAUCAGUUGAAUACUUUAACCGUAGAAUAUGCAACAAUUGCUGGACGUCAAAUUGAACAAGACAUUGAAAAAUAUUUUAAUGGUCCCGCAAAGAAGGCAUUGCUUGCAUUAAUUCAGUAUGCUCGAAAUAGCAAUUCAUACUUUGCUGAUUUGCUUAAUAGCUCACUAAAGAAUCCUAGCGAAACAAGAGAUGGUGAUUUGAUUCGUCUGAUAAUUUCACGAUCUGAGAUUGAUCUUGCGACAAUCUCUGAAGCAUACAUGAAAAGUUAUAAGAAAAAAUUGAUUGAAGACAUUAAUAAAGAAUGCAAUGGUUCAUGUCGUGAUUGUCUAAUUACUAUUAUCAAAGGCAAUACUCAAAAUUCGAUUUUAAAUUGA